AUGGCUCAGCUGCAGGAGUUGGGCAUUGAGUGCAGAGCCUUCACUUCAAACCAGACUUGGGAGGAGCAGCGGCAGGUCUACGAUGACCUGCGUAGCGAGGGUUUGUACGUGCCGCUUUUGUUUCUGACUCUUGAGUCUUGUCUUUCUAUUGUGCUAGAGCUAAGGCUCGACGCUUUAGGGCUUAGGGCGCUGCGAGGGUUUGAGCGUGCCGCUGUUGUUCUUGACUCCUGA